AGCUAAGUCGAGUAAUUCUGCGGAAGCAGUCACCCGUGGAGGCGCGAUCGAAGUAGCCGUUGUUGAAAAGUUGCUCGUGGUCCAGGUUUUCGGUGAUCGAAUUUCGGCGCGAGAAGAUUCAUUGCGGAGUGUUUCGGAAGCGAUUGCUUUGAUCAGUGAAAGUGUUGGGCAAGAUUUCUUUGGAACUCGAAAGAUCAAUCCAAUAAUUGAUCUGAUUUUGUAAACCUGUGUUAUCAACGGGAUCUUUAAGGUUGUGCUCGUAUUCUAGUUCAAUGAGUUUCUACAGAUCGUAAGGUAUUAGAACUUGAAGAAAAUGGCCACGCAAUUUGAGGACAGGUUCAUGGCAAUGAACGUGCAAGCAGCCGCACAGUUCAAGACAUUCCAGCCAACAGCCAUGACCUUCACCAAACAAAGCUCCUGUCAUGUCUUCUGCCGGCGGUUCUUCAUCUGCAUACUCCUCGCGGCUGUGGUCAUCCUGUCGUCGAUCGUCUACGCCAUCUACAGCUACACAUCGAGCCUUCCGGACGUUUGCCACAGCAAGGAAUGUCUCCGUUCAGCGGCCGCCUUCAAGCAGAACAUGGACCUCAACGUAGAUCCUUGUGAGGACUUCUACUCGUACGUCUGCGGAAACUGGGCCGAUGAUCAUCCACGUCCGGAACGACACGGCGCCUACAGCUGGUAUGACGAGCGACAAACCAGGAUCUACCGAAAUAUACGAACUCAGCUGGAGGCCAAUAGUAGCCGGUUGGACCCUAAGCCGGUCGCCCAGGCCAAGUCGAUGUACAAAGCGUGCCUGAGUGAAGUCAACCGGGAACGGUACGGCUACACCGCAGUUCAGCGAUAUCUUAAAGAGUUCGACCUCCCGUUGACGCCGACGUUGCUCAACCAUACCAAGACUUCCUAUCGGAAGUACAAAUACGACUGGAUCAGCUCGGUGGCGAAGAUCCAACGGAAGUUGGGUCUGAACGUGAUCGUGGGAUUCAACAUCGACCAGGACCAUGUGGACAAGAAUCGAAAUCGGUUGACGCUGGAGUACCACUACGGACCGGAUGAGUUGCGAUUUCCAGCCUACGAAUGGUCAAAGCUGACGGCGAAGACUCGCAACCGUCGACAGGCAGUACGAUCCAGCUCAGAAGACACUGACGAGUCGGAUGACGAAAGUGCGGACAACGAAGCAGGUGAGGACGAUGAAGAUGAGAUCGACACUAGUGAAAUGGCGGAGUCGUUCGCUAGGAUCAUCGAGGCGAUUAAUCCAAGCAUCGAUACCAGCGAGAUGGAUGACAAGCUGAAGGUUUUGGCAGAGCGAUUCGCCGAGUUCCAUCAGUCGCUUCCGAAGCUUGUUGAGUCGGAAGAGGAAGCCAAGUUUGAGUACUACACCGUUCAAGAGCUGCAAAAUGCGACCGACAAUCACAUCAAACCUAAAAAGCCGUACCCAGUGUGGCAACGCUAUCUGGAUGUGCUGUUCGCCAACCAACCGGACGUGAAGCCCUCCAGUGACGAACAGCUACAGAUGACACCGGAGAACGUCGAGUUCCUUGGAAAGCUGAUCGAUGUAGUCUCCGAAAAGUCUCCGGCCCUGAUUGAGCUGUACGUUUGGGGAACGGUGACCUCGUUUCUGGUGGAGCAUGAGUUCAACGACGCUACGCUGGAGGAGGACUGUGCCCAGGUCGUCCACAAACUGAUGGGACUGGCCGUCAGCUAUGCGAUCGCGGACAAGACCUUCCUCGAGCGGACCAAGCCCCGAGUGGAGCAGAUGUUGACCGACAUACGGAACGAGUUCGACCAAAUGGUGCUGGAGACGGACUGGAUGGACGCUUAUACCAAGUACGAGUCGCUGGAGAAGUCCAAGGCCAUGAAGUCAUUGAUCGGGUUCCCCGAGUGGAUUCUGGACGAUGAGAAACUGGAGGAGCACUAUCAAGGGUUGCAGAUCAGUCCAACGCAUCACGUGGAAAACUGGGUUACCGCUUUGGAGUUCAUGAAUACGGAAUGGUUGCGUUCAUGGCGGGUGAAGAACAGUAAAGUUUGGGACAUGGACCCAACGGUGGUCAAUGCGUACAACAUCUUCGAACGGAACGCGAUCAAUAUCCCAGUAGCCAUCAUUCAGUAUCCGUUCUACUACCUUGGAUUGGAUGCGCUCAACUACGGUGCCCUAGGGGAAGUUCUAGGGCAUGAACUGACCCACGGGUUCGACAACGCAGGCCGCCACUACGACAAAUACGGCAACGAGAAACGCUGGUGGUCCAACCAUACGCUGCAGGAGUACGACAAGCGCGCCCAGUGUCUAGAGGAGCAGUACAGUUCGUACUACUUUCCGGAAGCGAAGGCAUUUAUCAAUGGUACGCUGACGCUCGGGGAGAACAUUGCCGACAACGGAGGACUUCGGGAAGCAUUCCGCGCUUACAAGGCGUACGUGAAGCGCAACGGUCCCGAACCAGUGUUGCCAGGCUUCGAGGAUUUCACUCACGAACAGUUGCUGUUCAUCUCGUUUGGGAAUCAAUACUGCGAAACGGUAAGCCCAGCGGUUGCCAAAUAUUUGGUCAAAGACGAGCACAGUCCGUCCAAGUUUCGGGUCCUUGGGGUGCUGAGUAACAUGCCGGAGUUUGGCGAAGCCUACCAGUGCCCUAGCGGCAGCAAAAUGAAUCCAAAGCGGAAGUGUCGCGUGUGGUGAACUGUUGACUGUUGAGUACUUAAGAAUAGCAGUGAAAGAUUUGUAAUAUAUUUCUCUUGGAGUUUUGUAAAUGGA